AUGGAUUCAGUACUUCCUGCUUUGGCGAGGAACAUCAGGAAAUUUCGAUUGACAGCCAAAAAGUUUUUAACAGACCAGACAAGGACACGUCGGAGAGACGGGCGUCAGCACAGCCACACAAUGUCCCUGAUGGAGCGUGGGACGGUCCGGCCCAUCACCGGAGUGGCCUGGACUUCCAACACAGGCACCUGCCCCAAAGACUUCAGUCUGAUCAGCAUCACAGAAGAGGGCGCAGCAGCAAACUUCACCCGCAGCUUUGGAAUGAAAUCUGGAUAUUAUCUGUGCUACAGCAAGGACCUGACAGGUGGCAUGGUGGUGUCAGAUAUUCAGAUUAUUUCAGAGAAGGACAGCAUCCCUCAUGGCUACUGCUACAUCGCAGAGCACCUUGAGCCAAAGGCCACCGUAUCGAAGAAGAAGCGUCUGUGCGUUCGCAUCGUCCCAGUGGGCAGCGUGGACACGGCUCUGCUGGACAUCAAACUAACUGCCAAAAGCAAAAUGAUGCUGCAGUAUUACACAUAUGUGGGGGACAUACAUGGCUACAUGCUGUGGUGCAGAAAGGGGCUUUUCACCAGCCCUCCUCCUCAAGCCAAGCCCCGCAGGGUCAGUCUGGACCUCCGGACCCUCUCUCUGGAGCAGCCCUCUGCUCCUCUGGCCCUCAGGCCGAGCAACCCUCCUCCUCCGCUGCCACACGCCAGGUUAACGCAGAGACGCGGCAAUCUGCCGAGCAUGGACAACCUGGACAAACCUGCCGACAGCAGCUUGCAGGGAAUCACAGCUCUCGAUGGAGUUCCCUUCAGCCUCCACCCUAAAUAUGAUAUCCAGGCAAAUGGCACGGGUCCUCAGUUCAGCUCCCAGAUAAACAACAUUCGUAUAAAGUCACUCCAGGACGUUGAGAAUGAGUAUAAGUACACGUUUGCAGUGGAGGAGUUUGCUGCUAAGCGGACCAGACCAUCGGUGACAACAGGAAGUGAAUCGAAAGAUUAGUUUGAUCGUUGAAUUUCCCAAAUCAACAUCGUCUUACUUUUGCUACUUCAUUCUAUUUGAAAGGGUUCCUUCGAGUAAAACCUCAGAAAUAUGUUACAAGUGAAGGAUAAUCACCUCUGUUUUUAGGGUUCAUUUUAUGCAAAGCUUGAAGUGUAAAAGAGUUGAUCUCAGCUGGAGGUCGGAAAAGGCCUUCCAUGAACACUAUCAUGAUACCAGACACUGGCAUUUCCAAACCCACAAUCACCACCUUCAAGCAGUCAACGUGUCCAUUUGCCAAAGAAACGUCCUGUUUUAAUGACAUGCGUGUUACAGUCCUCUCAGAAAUUACAGGGUUUCAGAAGUGAUUCCAGUUCUGUAGUGUCUGCCGUCUCGCUUUGAGUGUUAGCAGCUUUAAAUCAUCACUUUAAGAUACUUCAGUUCCAUUUCUCUUUAAUGCACUUUGCCUUUCAAGAUGUGUUUUUCCUGCUCGCUUUCCUGAAUGAUUUGAGCUUUAGUGGUUCAUCUUUGCUGCAAAUGACGCUUAAAUGCCCUAAAUGACACACUAAACGUAUGUAAAUACAGAACAUGGUUUUUAUGUGUUUUCAUGACUAUGCAAUGGUAUUUUUGCAUUAUUCCAAAAAAUAUAUCUUAUUUCAAGGUGAUGGAAUGAAGUUGGGUAUUUUUUGUCUGUGCAUGACCAAAUGUGGGAUCAAUGGGGCAUGUUUUUUUUUUUUAUUAUUAUUGUUUAUUAUUUUUAAGGAGUACUGAAAGUGGACCAACUAUUUAUCAAUGUCAGCCUUUUGUUUUUAUCUUUUCUGUAACACAUUUUGACUGCAUGUAAAAAAUAAAUAAAUUCU